AUGGCGGCUAGGGAUAUAGUUAUGCUCUUAGAUGAGCUUAGAGACGCGUAUGCGGACUUGAAGCGAGAAAAGGGGGAGUUGAGGCGAGAAUUGGAUCAGAUCAAAGCCGAAAAUAGAUACCUAAAGAAUUAUAUAGAUGAUCUUGAACUAUCACCAACCAAGAAGAGGUCCAGGAAAAGGGGGAUAAGUCAACUAUUGACUCAAUAUUCCGAAGAAGAGGAGGAAGAAAGUAAUAAGAAUAUUCAAUCAAGUAUUAGUGUAUAUAAGAAGACACUGGUUCAGUUGCUUAAAGAGUCAUCUUCACCUACUAAAGCUUCUCAAGCGACUACAGUGAUACUGCUGUCACCUACAAAGAUGAACAACAUUAAUAAUGAAGUUACCAAAGAAAUUCCUGGAUCUAUACCAUUUCUAGUUGAACCUCUUAUAAAGGACGAACAUGGACAAGAGUCAGAGCCAGAAGAAGACAUCAUAGAGGAUAGUGAGAAUGAAGAAUCAUUAAUAAUACCUGCAGAUUUCACUCGACUUCAACGGAAACAUUUGAAGUUACAACAUUUGGAAGCAAAGUAUUGGAAUGAUCUUACUUAUACCAUUAACUUGACUACCAACCCUAUAACGGAGAACUCGUGGAUCAUUACAGAUUUCAAACGUAAUCAUCAUUAUAAACCGCGUCAUUUGUCGCAGUUCAAGAGAACCAAGCUUCAUACAACCAAUGACAAAGAGAAUAUGCUUCAAUUCUACAAAGCAUUAAAUAACGAAAAUAAAAGUGAUAUUGACGACGACAAAGAUGACUCUGAUGAUGAGGAGAACGAAUUGAGUCAGCUUGCAGGUAAAUGGCCAAGUCCACCUGGGUUUAUGAGGAGUGAGUUCCCCAACACUCAAGAGCACAUACAGAGACAAGCCAUCAUAGAUGCCAGGAUCAAGGAUAGGCUCAGACGACGAUUGAAACUGAGUUUGAGACAAGGUAUGUGGCUUUUCACGGUAGACAUCCUUAACAAGUAUGUCAGUGCAAAGAGGUUUCUGAUAGACAUGGGUGGAUAG